GCUUCCAGAGUUCAGUCCCUUGCCGGAAGAAGCCCCGGGAAGAGUCUUUUGCAUCAUUGUCGAUCAAGUAGAUCGAACAUCAUGCCUACUGAGGCAGUAGAAAAGCCGGUUGAAGAAACCAAGCCAGAGGAGUCUGCGUCGUCAGAUUCAGAUGAUGACGACUCUCUGCCAGAGCUGGAAGAGCAAGAUGCUGCAGCCUUGCAACAACAGAGCCAGGUGGCAGCUGCUGCUGGGUUAUCUGAAGAGCUGGUUUCCAAAGCAAAGCAAAGUCGUAGUGAGAAAAAAGCAAGGAAGGCGAUGUCCAAAUUAGGUCUUAAACCAGUGACUGGGGUAACAAGAGUCACCAUCAGAAAAUCUAAAAAUAUUCUUUUUGUCAUCAACCGGCCAGACGUUUUCAAGAGUCCUGCCUCUGACACUUAUAUUGUAUUUGGUGAGGCCAAGAUAGAAGAUCUGAACCAGCAGGCACAAAUGGCAGCUGCUGAAAAGUUCCGCGACAAGCCACCUGCUGGGCCUGGUGACUUGCCUUCUACAGUAUCACAACCCAUACCAGAGGAAUCAGAAGAGGAGGAAGAGGAGGAUGAGACUGGAGUAGAGCAGAAGGACAUUGAACUGGUUAUGUCACAAGCCAACGUUUCUAAAGCUAAAGCAAUCCGUGCCCUCAAGAACAAUAAUAAUGACAUCGUCAAUGCCAUCAUGGAACUGACGAUGUAAAAAGGAUGCGUGUUUUACCUGCUGUCUGUGUCUGCUUGUGUUUUGUGUUAGCUUUGUGAUAAUAAACAUUUAUUUACAGUU